GCGCAAGCGCACUCUCACUCGGGCCGUUGCCCGGGCCUUUGGGCCCGGGGCGGCUCCCACGGGUGGUCAUCACGGGUUCCUGACGCGGCGGCCGUGGUGGCAGCGCUGGCUGCUGCCUGCCCCACCGUUGCAGUUUGUCACCGCCGCACUGGAGCGGCUUUGCCGGAGCAGAAAUGUUGCCGCCACCGCCCAACCGGGGCCUGUUCUUCCUUGUGCUGGGCUCGAUCUGCGCCGCCUUGGAAUUUGUGGCGCAGGCCAACUCGGCAACAGAUACUCUGAAUGUCCUUCUCAUUAUCGUGGAUGACUUGCGCCCCUCCCUGGGCUGUUAUGGAGAUAAACUAGUGAGGUCCCCAAACAUAGACCAGCUGGCAUCCCACAGCCUCCUCUUCCAGAAUGCCUUUGCACAGCAAGCAGUGUGUGCCCCAAGCCGAGUGUCCUUCCUCACCGGGCGGAGACCUGACACCACCCGCCUAUAUGACUUCAACUCCUACUGGAGGGUGCAUGCUGGGAACUUCUCUACCAUCCCCCAGUACUUCAAGGAGAAUGGCUAUGUGACCAUGUCGGUUGGAAAAGUCUUUCACCCUGGCAUAUCAUCCAAUCAUAGUGAUGAUUCUCCAUAUAGCUGGUCUUUUCCACCUUAUCAUCCUUCCUCUGAGAAGUAUGAAAACACUAAGACAUGUAGGGGGCAAGAUGGAGAACUCCAUGCCAACCUGCUUUGCCCUGUGGAUGUGGAAGAUGUGCCUGAGGGCACCUUGCCUGACAAACAGAGUACUGAGCAAGCCAUACAACUGUUGAAAAAGAUGAAAACAUUGGCCAGACCUUUCUUUCUGGCUGUUGGAUACCAUAAGCCACAUAUCCCAUUUAGGUACCCCAAGGAAUUUCAGAAAUUGUAUCCCCUGGAGAAUAUCACCCUGGCUCCUGAUCCCCAGGUCCCUGAUGGCCUACCCCCUGUGGCCUACAACCCUUGGAUGGACAUCAGGCAGCGAGAAGAUGUCCAAGCCUUAAACAUCAGUGUGCCCUAUGGCCCAAUUCCUGUGGACUUUCAGCGGAAAAUCCGUCAGAGCUACUUUGCCUCUGUUUCAUAUGUGGAUACACAGGUUGGCAGCCUUCUGAGUGCCUUGGAUGAUCUUCAGCUGGCUAACAGCACCAUCAUUGCAUUUACCUCGGAUCAUGGUUGGGCUCUAGGUGAACAUGGAGAAUGGGCCAAAUACAGCAACUUUGAUGUCACUACCCGUGUGCCCCUGAUGUUCUACGUUCCUGGGAGGACGGCUUCACUUCCAGAGGCGGGCAAGAAGCUUUUCCCUUACCGUGACCCUUUUGAUUCCAUCUCAGAACCAGUGGACCCAGGCAGGCAAACCAUGGACCUCGUGGAACUUGUGUCUCUCUUCCCCACACUCACUGGACUUGCAGGCCUACAAGUCCCACCUCGCUGCCCCAUUCCUUCAUUUCAUGUUGAGCUGUGCAGAGAAGGCAAGAACCUUCUGAAGCAUUUUCAGUCCCAUCACUUGGAAGAGGAUCUGUACCUCCCUGCUAAUCCCCGUGAAUCAGUUGCCUAUAGCCAAUACCCCCGGCCUGCAGACUUCCCUCAGUGGAAUUCUGACAAGCCAACUUUAAGAGAUAUAAAGAUCAUGGGGUACUCCAUACGUACCAUAGACUAUAGGUAUACUGUAUGGGUUGGCUUUACUCCUGAUGAAUUUCUUGCUAACUUUUCUGACAUCCAUGCAGGUGAACUGUAUUUUGUGGAUUCUGAUCCACUGCAGGAUCACAAUAUGUAUAAUGAUUCUCAUGGUGAAGAAUUUCUGCUGUCAUUAAUGCCUUGACUUUUAUAAAACAACUACAGAAGUCAAAUAUAAUAUGUUCCCUUCCAGUUGGUGAGACUAAUUAGAGCGGGUUACACUGUGAUUACCCAUGGUAUUGGAAGCAACCUGAGGGGCAUAAGUAAUUAAAACAUGCAUCAACAAUUUGGCCUAAAAAUUAAUUUUUGUUAAAAAUUUUUAAUUUAAAUUAAUUAGUAGUUGGACUGGGGCUGGAAUGAACCUUUUUUUUUCUUUUCUUAAACCUGUCAUAGCUUACUUCAUGAAUGAUUAAGUACAAAGUGAACAAACUAAAAUUGUGUCAUACCUUUCAUUAUCAAGACUGUAAUAACUAUAUUCAAGAAAUAUUUUAAACAUUUGUGUUACUUAGUGUAUUUCAAAAAGUAACCGUGUAUCAGAUUAGGUUCUACCCUAAGUUCCUGUUUAUUUUGCUUAUAAAUUAAUAUACUCUGUGUAGCCUAAUAUAUCCAAAAUAUAUCAUCAUAUCCAUAUUCCUUUUUUCAAAUAUGAGGUUAAUGAUAAUAAUAGAAGCCCAUGACUUAAAAUGUGUUUUAAUUUUUGUUUCUGAGGCUCCAAGAUUUUAGAUUCCAAAGACAAAAUAUGCAUGAAGUGAUUGGCAUGUAAUUUCUACAUUAAAUAAUAAAUAAUGCUCAGUAAACUAGAGGCAUGAGAUGGGUGUGAAAUUCAGUUAAAAUUUUUUAGAUACCUUUUGGCCCAAAUAAUUUGUUAGCAAAGUGAACUCAAUGACCACUUAAAAAUAUACACUGUUAUUCAUGGUGAAGAGCAUUUCAAGUGUAAUUAUAUCUAUAGAUUUAAUCAUUCAAAAUCAUAUUAGUGUUCUUUGGGAUAGUUGGUUACAUACAUUCAUUUAUCAAGGAGGCAGAAAAUAUUCUACUUUUAAUUGCUUAUUAAAUAAAACACCAGUUUUACUAAAUUCUAAAUUGAGAAUUGUGAAAACUUUUAAUUAGUAUAAUUGACAUUUCAAUCCUACAGAAUGUAGUCCUAUAUUCUUCAAAUACGAAAGUAGCCAGAAAUGCAGGAGGCAGUAAUAAGGUUAGUCUAUAUCAUCUUAAAAGGGAUGGAAUAUUUACAACUCAUGACAUGUUAAAGCUGUUCCAUUGUCAGUAGUUACCAAAAGAGUCAAUAGCUAUCUGAACAAAUGUCUAAUUUAGUCAGGCCUGUAUUGAAAUAAGUAGUUGUUAAACAAACACCUCAAGGUAAAUGUUUGUGAAACAAGAUACAAUAAAUUUGAUUAAGUUUCUGCAAUAUAUUGUUGUAACCCAAAAAGACAAGGUGUUAUAUUAAAAUCAGUAAAACUUUUAGACAGUUUCUUAAACAAAUUAGCCUCUAAUAGCAGUAUAUAUGCAAUGAUCUCAGAAGUUACUGGCCACAUUUUUUGCUUGACUGAAGGCCCUGUUCAUUUCUCAUGAUCCUGAAGCUGUCUCUUUUCUGAAAGCCUCAACAUUUGUAGACAGUUUCCCUCAACCUUUUUCUUUCUCAUUCUUCAUCAUCUAUAUUGCUCUUGUCUUCUCUGCUAUGAUUUAACAAUACAACCUAAGUAUUCCUCCUGACACAUUUUCAGUGUAUUUAGCUUUAUCUCUUACUCCCUAUUACUUAGGAUGAUAAGUUUUCACACAAAUUUGUAUGUCACAUCCAUUCAUUUGCUUUUUCCUAGUUGGCUACGAUACACAUACUUCAUCAUUUUUUACUUUAUUUUUUAAGCACAGUUUUAGUAUCAGAAACCUCCAAAUUCUGCUCUUGAUGAAGUCAUAAGCCGAGCUGUGUCAGAAGAGAGUAAGGCAGGCACCUAUGAUGUGCAGCUGCCAGGUUAGCAGCGAGUCUGUGAUGCUUGUUGGCCAGCUGUGAGUUCUUAUUCCCUUGUGUGACCAAAGCUACAUUCAGGUCUCAGUCUCCGUGGGCUGCUUCUAUAGAUCUGUCUCUACUGGAAGCACUUUUGUCUCAUGUGUUUUACCAUGAGAGUAUAGUUUUGGAAUGCUUAGCUCUCUUUAGGUUUUAGUUUUUCUUGGCCUUCCUUUACAUAUUUCUUCUUCUAGUAUCAAAGGCUAUAUUUCCACUUCAAUGGCAUGUUCUAAAUCAUCUUACAGGUUACAGUUGCUUUUUGUGUUUUUUAUACUGAACACAAUUUAGAGCCAUUUUUGUGUUCUUUUGCAUAUUUCUAACACAUAUUAGGAUGAGCAACCACUUUCAGGCUUUCAGAUAUCAAAAUGAAUGAAAUUCCUUCUCUUUUCUGGAGAAAACACAUGUUUGUCAUUUCAUAUAACUUUUCCCUAAUACCACUGAACUGGGUGUAUUUUAUUAGUGACACUCCAGUCACUGUGUGGAGACAUUUCCAGUUCCUCUGAGCAGGGGUUCUUUUAUCUAAUUUAGUUGAAGCCAGAGCUGUGAUCCCACACAUUCUGUGUAAUUCUAGUUCAAGUGGUUCAUGAACAAGAGAGCACAUCAGAAGCACCUGAAGGGCUUGUUGCACCCCUUUGGGCUGGGCCCUGCAGACAGAGGUUCUGAUUCAACAUGUAGGGUACAACCUACUCUCAAGCUGCAAAAUGAUGCUGCUACUCUAAAAACCACACUUUGACAAUCAGUGCUCUAGGUCUGUGUUUGUCCACUUGGUAGCUGCCAGGAACAUGUGGCUAUUUAAAUUAUAUGAAGUAAGAUUUAAGAAGAAUCUAUAUCAUCUCAUGUUUUGAGUGCUAAGCAACCACAAAUCUAGGACAUUUCUAUCAUGAUAGAAAGCUUGAUUGAACAGAGCUGCCCCAGAUUGUCUCCAGAGUUGACCUGGAUGCACUAGCAGUUCCUCCUGUGAGCUGUUUUCCUAUCCUGCAUUUACCCACAAAGACUUGUCCAGAAGUGAGCUAAGUGUGUUUGAUUUAGGCAUAGAGUACGGAGUUCACUAAGGCAGUCAGCCUCUUUCUCUACUCCCAUCAUCAUUGCCUCAGUCCUUCUCCCAUCCUUCCUAAGUAGUUCUCCUUCCCCUCCUUGUUCCUCCCCUGCUCCUAAAGGAAUCCAUGUGUCUUCCUAAAGUCCUCUUUGAUCCUUCCCUUUAAAAACACCGUCAGUGCCUACUAUGGGUCUAGAUAGACCUCCGCUGAGCAGUCAGAGUCUUCCCUGGCUCCACAAUGCCCCUUUCCUUGGCUGACCAGUUUGCCUGCUGGUCCCUAACUCUCCCUAGCCAAUCCGUGCCUCCCUGCCCACUUCUAGGUUUUACCGCCCCCCUCUUCCCUCAUCCAUUCAUAACCAUCUUCACAACCAGCUCCCAUACCACUCUGCCAAGAGGCUGAGGCUCUUGUGACACUUGACUGUAUUGUGGGAUGAAAUGAAUGUUACUAAAGAAUCUGUGUUUACCUUCUUGAAAAAUGAUAUUUUUUUCUGAUUAUCAAUUGAUGUGUUAAUUAUAGAGAAACUGGAAAACAGAAAUGUAGUAAAAGGAGAGAAAAUGCAUGAAUGUUUUAUCCUGAGAUAGUCACUAAUAUCUUGUCCUUUUGGGGGGAAUGAAUUUUUUUAUGCUGUGAUCUUACUAUGUUCUGUAUCAUGUAAUUUGUGUUCUUUUUCACAGUAUUAUGUGUGGUUAUUACAGACUUUUGUGAAGAUACUUUAUAUUGCUGGUAAUACUAUAUAGUUUUAUUGAAAUUUAUGUAACCUUUCAAUUGUUGGAAAUUUAGGUUAUUCCCAGAUUAUCAGUAUUAUAAAUAAUGAUGUGAUGUCAAUUUUGUGAAUAAAAGUUUUGUAUGUAUUUGAAAUUAUGCCCUUAGGAUACUCUCUCAGUGCCAAGUUUGUCGAAAAGAUCUUCAUUUUGUUCCUUUCCUAGCUCUGUUGCUACCUUAGGGUAGUAAAGCUAAAAAAUAAAGUAAAAGCAUACAAAUAAAACCAUAAACAAAAUAACCCUGUAGUAAUAGGUGAAAUUGGUAACCUGUUUUAACUUCUAAUUCUUUUUUAGUGACCUUGAUCAUUGUUCCUUCUGUAUGAUUUUUGGGCAUUCAUAUUUCCAACUGUAUGAAUUUGCCUUUAAAUUUUGUUAAUGGUUUUUUACUUUUUAAAGUAAUCAAACAAAUUGAUCUUUCUUGGUGUGAUUUUUUCCCCUCUCUUUUCCUGUUAAACAUGAAGAUCCUAUGAUCUGGAGAUUGAAUAAAUAUUUGUUUUCCUUUGCA